AUGGAGUCUACUCGUUUAAAGACAGCUAAAAAGUUCAUUGGUCACUUUGCGACAUUGGACGUAAAGAUCCUCGAAACCAUUCUCUCUGACGACUACUAUCACGAAUUCGCACCAUCUUCACUCAAUCCUCCCGGUCCCUUCGGCAAGCAGGGAUUCCUGGACCACCAUUCUGGCCUUGACUAUGUGAUGACUGGUUUUCCCGUCUUCGCGAAGGAAUACAUCGAAAGUGAAAGCAGUAACUCGGUUACUGUCUGGGCAACAAGCCGUACCAUCUUUCGUGAAGGCGCCAAAGACGCUUCAAUAGCCAACUGGGACUAUGAAGGGGAAUACAUCUUUUUGUUCACGUUUGAUCCGAGUGGGGAGAAGAUCGUUCGCACCAUCGAGUUCCUGGACAGCAAGGCCACAGGCGACGGUCUCAUGGUGCUAAUGAAAAGGGCAAGGGAAAACAGAGCUAAAAGCUAA